AUGGACUUCCUUCCACGUCCCCAUCGGCCUUUGUACCCCUGCCCCGAAAUAACGUUGCUCUCUCUCAAGGGAUAUUCUGGGGGCUGUUUCAAAACUUACCCCGAGAGAGAAGACGAAAGAUGGCACCCUCGAAAGGCCACUGAUUGGGAAAAGCUGUUCGAGAAACCGCCGUCAGACUUCGUCGCAUUGAUCGAAACAUGGCCAUUGUUCGGGUUUCUCUAUGCAUUCUUUGGAGAGGACCUGAUGAAGGAAGCCAACUUUGUUCAGUGGAAAGGUCACCCGCCGUAUCCGGUCCUGACAAUGCAAGGUUUACCAAGGCUUUUUGCUGCUGUCGACAUGUUCAAGAUCCUGGAUAAUCAUGAAGCUUUGGGGGGAUUGAUGGACCUCCAUAGAUCAUUGUCAUCGAUUGGAGGAUAUUCUUGCGAAUGGGGAUCCUCCCAGAAUAUCAGCUUAUACGAAUUCAUCCCUAUAUUCAACCACCCGGACAUACGGUCAUCUCAUAUCUCACUCCUGACUUCCAUUGUGAUCGAAAUGUGCUUUUCGUCUAUAAGUCUAGCCGGAACAGGCGCGUCGCUGAACGGUCAGUUUAGAACGCUCAACCUAAGCAACACAACAAGGACGAUGUAUCCAGAAUUUCGGCUCAAUGGUUGGUGUCCAGCAGAUCUAGUGACCAACUUCCACCGUUUCAAUACACCUUGUCUAUACUUCUUAUUGCAGAUGUCUCAACCCCACCCAGAUGUUGACCACCUCACUCCAUUGCUGGCUAAGGCAGAAUAUGAGAGUCGCCAACCCAGCGUUUUUACAUCAACUGAGACCAAGACCAAUGAGGUUAGAACCUGCAAUUCGCAAAAGUGUUUUGCAAAGGUUCUCAACGACCAGGAUUACACGACGAAACACGCGUACAGCGACUGCUCUUGCGAGAUUGUCGGACUACCAAGCUUGAUUGAGCUUUCUACGAUACUACACAAGAGAGCAAUUCCCGUAAUUCGCUCGGUAGAUCCAGACGACGAGGAUGCUCGAAUCAGUAUAGUCGAAGCAGAGCCACAAACUGAGUACAUUGCUAUUUCUCAUGUUUGGUCUGACGGAUUAGGUAACCCAAAGGCAAAUGCGAUACCUAAAUGUCAGCUGCAGAGGCUCAGUCACCACGUCCGGAGCAUUGGAACGUACUAUGGCGAGUAUACACACUUUUGGCUUGACACUAUUUGCAUACCGCCAGAUGAGAUCUGCCAUUGUACCUGCCCAGUCGAACCUCACGAGAACCCGUGCAAUCCUCCUUGCGAAGGGUCAAAAAUGGCCCAAGCGCAAAGGAUAUCUCUGGAGUUGAUGCGGAAGACAUAUGAAAAUGCUGCAGGAGUCCUUGUACUUGAUUCCUGGCUUUACGAAUCAACCUGCCAAGACAAGUCAGACGUGGAAAACCUCCUUAAAAUCUUUAGCUCAACAUGGACCAGGCGGCUCUGGACACUUCAGGAAGGGGCGUUGGCAAAAUCUCUGCAUGUUCAGUUUCUCGAUCGUGCUCUAAAUGUCGAUGCGGCUAUUAUUCAGUUACAAGAAACCUCUGACCCAAUAACGCGUUUUGCAUUCUUAUCACCUAUACUUGCUUCUUACUGGCAAUUGCGAUAUGCUACCCAGUCGCAUAGGGUGAUGCGAGGCCGCCACUGGAUCGACGCACCCUUUCUUACUGGAAUACUUAGGAAAAAGGAUGACCCAGACUUUCAACCCCCGGUUGCAUAUCACGAAUCGAUGACCGAAACCAUGGACAAAGUUCUUGGCGUCCAUGAUGAUCUCAACUUUCAAGACCCCUCAAAGAGUGUGGCACGCAGUCUUGUGGAUGUGUUUUCAGCAGUAUACCAUCGGAGCACCAGUAUGUUGGCCGACGAAGCCCUUUGUCUUGCGGCUCUGUUGGACUUCGACGUUGGACGAAUAGCAGCAUUUAGUUCUGCCGAAGACAGAAUGCUGGAGUUCUGGCGCAUGUUCCACAAUGUCCCUAGAAGGAUUAUCUUUCGGCAAGAACCGAAGAUGAAUGUUCCUGGCUUUCAUUGGGCGCCCCGUACCUUGCUUCGCUCUGCAUACCCUACCGCCUAUCUGUGCUACGACGAACGAGAUCUUAAAGAACAGCACGAAAAGAGCAUGCAGUUUGCCAAGGUCACGGUUAAUGGAUAUCUGGAGAUUGAAGCGACAGGCUUUAUCCUUCCCAUCAGGUCGAAUACUAUAGUUACAACCUUCUGGCUCGUUUUGCCUGGCGACAAGACUUGUUAUUAUGUGAUAACAGAAGCACAAGACGCAUCUGACCCGGGAAUCUCUUUCAAGCGUGGAAUUGAGGCAGAGAGGACCUAUGGUAGCACAUCACUCGCUGUGAUACCAGAAACGGCGAUGCUCGAGUCAAAAAAAUCUAUUGCCGCCGAAUAUGUUCAAUGA